GUCUUACAGAGGGGGAACAACCGAACUACUCAACUCGAAGGUCUUGGUUUUUUUUGGAUGAGUUCUCAAUCGCCUGUAUGCUCAUGCAAAACACAAGUGAAAUGGAGAUGAGUCACCAAUGACUGAUGCGUCUUUGCUGAGAAAUGGGAAAGUAGCGUUACCAGGGCUACCUCCGCUAUGGCCGCCCACCGAAUCAGAGUGACCAACAACAACAAUAUUCUUCCACGCUGCAAGUCAGAGGGAACGCUCAUCGACCUCAGCGAUGGAGUGUCAGAGGCUACUCUCACAGAUGUCAAAGUGCCUUCUCCCAGUGCCUUACGCUUGGACACCUCGGCCUCCUUCGGAACGGCACGAGAGGUGGUGGCCAUCAAGGAUUACUGCCCGUCCAGCUUCACCACGCUGAAGUUCUCCAAGGGCGACCACUUGUACGUGCUGGACACGUCCGGCGGGGAAUGGUGGUACGCCCACAACAACACGGAGAUGGGCUACAUCCCCUCCGCCUACGUCCAGCCCGUCAGCCACCGCAACUCUUCGCUCAGCGACAGCGGCAUGAUAGACAAUCUCGGGGACGUGUCGGAGGAGGGGGCCCGGGAGCUGGACCUCCUUGGCGAGUGGAACGGCGUGACCCUGACGCCCUCGCUGCCUUACAGCUACAACCCUUUCUCCGCCAUGCGCUCGUCCACCAAUCCCUUCCUCAACGGGUCAAUGCAGGGGCUGCUGCUGGACCAGAACGUCCAGGAGAAGGCCAACCAGCGCAACGCCAUGGACUUACUGCUCUUCGACAGUUUUGCACCUUCUCCAUCCUCCUCCGCCACCAGCACCAUCACCAACGCCACCACCACCCCCGCCGCCAUGACCAACGGACACAGCAAUAGCAUCUUCGACCACACGCCAAUCAGCCCCAACACGGAGGCCUUGGGGACGCUCCGCAAAGACAACCCGUUCUUCCGGAGCAAGCGGUCCUACAGCCUGUCGGAGCUGUCCAUCCUCCAGUCUCAGUCCAACGCCCCGCUGCCUUCCAACGGCUUCUUCGGCGGCCUCAAGGCGCCCUCGCCCGAGCAGUUCCAGAGCCGCGAGGACUUCCGGGCGGCGUGGCUGAACCACAGGAAGCUGGCGCGCUCCUGCCACGACCUGGACUCGCUGGGCCAGAACCCCGGCUGGGGCCAGACGCAGCCCGUGGAGACCAACAUCGUCUGCCGGCUGGACAGCAGCGGCGGCGCGGUCCAGCUCCCCGACACGCACAUCAGCCUCCACGUCCCCGAGGGUCACGUGGCCCCCGGCGACACGCAGCAGAUCUCCAUGAAGGCCCUGCUGGACCCGCCGCUGGAGCUCAACACCGACCGCUGCUCCACGGUCAGCCCCGUGGUGGAGCUCAAGCUCAGCAACAUGGAGGUCAGGUCCUUCGUCACGCUGGAGAUGAAGGUGUCCGUGGAGGUCAAGCGGGACCGGACGCACCUGGCCGAGGUGCUGUGCGUGCGCAGCGACUUCAAGGAGGGCCCGUACGUGGCCAUCCCGCAGGCCUACAUCUACAGCGACACCGUCCAGGUCCAGCUGGACAGCCUGGAGCCCUGCAUGUACGUGGCGGUGGUGGUCCAGGCCCGCAGCGGCCCCUCCAUCAGCACCACCACCACGGUGUGGGACCACAUGGUGAAGAAGCUGACCCUGGGCCUGUACGGGCCCAAGCACAUCCACCCCUCGUUCAAGACGGUGGUGGCCAUCUUCGGGCACGACUGCGCCCCCAAGACGCUGCUGGUGAGCGAGGUGGGCAAGCAGGUGCCGGCGUCGGCGCCGCCGCCCGUGGCCCUCCAGCUGUGGGGGAAGCACCAGUUCGUGCUGGGCCGUCCGCAGGACCUGCAGGUCGGGAUGUACUCCAACAUGUGCAACUACGAGGUCAAGGCCAGCGAGCAGGCGCGCUCGGUGCGCGGCUUCCAGGUGAAGCUGGGCAAGGUGAGCCGGCUGAUUUACCUCAUCGCGUCGCGCGACGCCGACGACAUCGCCGACUUCACGCUGCGCGUGCAGGUCAAGGACGACCGGGACUGCAUCCUGGCCCAGUUCUGCGUGCAGACGCCGCAGCCGCCGCCCAAGACCAACGUGCGCGCCAACGGCCCGCGGAGGUUCCUGAAGAAGAAGGAGGUGGGCAAGAUCAUCCUCUCGCCCCUGGCCAUCACCACCAAGUACCCGCAGUUCCAGGACCGCUGCGUCACCAACCUCAAGUUCGGCAAGUUGCUCAAGACGGUCAUCCGGCAGCACAAGAACCAGUAUCUCCUGGAGUACAAGAAGGGGGACGUCAUCGCCCUGUUGAGCGAGGAGCGGAUCAAGCUGAAGGGACAGCUGUGGACCAAAGAGUGGUACAUAGGAUAUUAUCAGGGAAAGACGGGUCUGGUGCACGUCAAGAACGUUCUGGUCCUGGGGAAGGUCAAGCCCAUCUACUUCUGCGGGCCGGACCUGACCACCACGAUUCUGAUGGAGCAGAUCCUGAAGCCGUGCAAGUUCCUCACGUACAUCUACGCGUCCGUGCGGACGGUGCUGAUGGAGAACGUGGGGAACUGGCGCGCGUUCGCCGACGCUCUGGGAUACGGGAACCUCCCCCUGACGUUCUUCUGCCGGGCGGAGCUGGACAGCGAGCCGGAGAGAGUGGCCUCGGUUCUGGAGAAACUCAAAGAGGACUGCAACAACCUGGAGAUCAAGGAGCGGAAGUCUUUUCAGAAGGAGCUGAUGUCUGCCCUUCUGAAGAUGGACUGCCAGGGCCUGGUGGCGCGGCUCAUCAUGGACUUCGUGCUGCUGACCACGGCCGUGGAGGUGGCGCCGCGCUGGCGAGAGCUGGCCGAGAAGCUGGCCCGCGUCUCCAAGCAACAGAUGGACGCCUACGAGUCUCCGCACCGGGACAAGCACGGCCUGCUGGACAGUGAGGCCAUGUGGAAGCCGGCGUACGACUUCCUGCUGACGUGGGCGGCGCAGAUCGGGGACAGCUACCGCGACGUGAUCCAGGAGCUGCACAUGGGCCUGGACCGCAUGCGCAGCCCCAUCACCAAGCGCUGGAAGCACCUGACGGGCACGCUCAUCCUCGUCAACUGCCUGGACAUGCUCCGCAGCUCCGCCUUCUGCCCCGCCCCUCAGGAUGACUUCGCCAUCUAAGGCACGCCCCCCCCCCCA